AUGCGGGAGGGUGAAACAGCCAGCCAAGGCAAGGCUGAGGACACGCGUGACUUGUGUAAUUCGUUCCUUCCGAGCCCCCCAGUGUUUGACCGGGGAAUACGAGCGGGGAGCUGCCGUCGCGGAUGCUCCCUAAUCAUGGCCUCCCAGCGGGGCUCCUGCCAGGAGGUGGGGCACUUGCUGGCCCUGAUCCUGGGCAGCCUCGUCUUCCUCUGCGUAGCCAACAACGCGAUCUUGCUGGUGAGGGCGGCGCGUAUGGGUGGUGGCGGACAGCACGACAUUACACCUGACCUCCCCCCUCCAACUCUGGGGAGGGAAAGCACCACACGUCCCUUCGUCCUCCUAACGCUGGGGCUGUUCCUGGAAGAGGAGGCCCGACGGCCCGCGCGCUGGCACGCGGCUGACGCGCGUCUUCUCCCUCUCGCCCAGCUCCGCCUGACCCCAAGACGCUCGAAGAGGAAAGAUGCUCGCCGCGAGCAACGCGGAGGCGGAAGGAGGCGGGAGCCGACAAGUAGCCGCGAAGGCGGACGCCCCCAGCCCCCCCAGCGCCUCUCCAGCGACUGCCGCUGCUUCCCCCGGCAAUGGGCCGACGUGAGGCCGGCGGCUCCCGAGGCCCAAGAGUGCAGGACGAGCCGGACGGGUCCCGACGGCAGCCCCCGGGACUCCAAGCGGGCGGCGGUCAGCGCCAGCGGCAGGCGCUCGGAGCCUUCUAGCGCCGCCCGGCUGCAGCAGCAGCAACAACAGCAACAGCGGCUGCGUCACGGUCGCCCGGGGCAGCCUGGGAGUCGCUCGGCGUCCCCGCGGAGAGGCAGCGUGCCCGCCGCCCGCCCAGCCAAGUUCUUGAUCCUCCAGACCAAGCCCAAAGGGAGAGGCCGGGAAGGAGGAGAAGGAGGCGAGGCCAAGCGGGGCCGAGUGAUCUACGAUGCCCGCUGGCUCCACUGCAUGGCAGGCGAGGACGGAGAGCCGGCACUGGCGUAGCCCCAGCAGCGACGAAGGAGGCGCUGGAGCCGGAGUCCCCCUAAGAGGCCAGGAUGAGGCUCGCCAUCUCCCCUCUGCGCGCACUAAAGGAGCCACGAGACGGGCUCACAGCGACUCUCUCUCUCUGUUGAUAGUUAGAGGGCAGACCGGGUUGGGGCGCGGGGGACGCGGAGCUCCUUACACCCCCCCACUCCCCCCCCCACGGAGUGAGUUCUGGUCGCUUCUCUUCAGCAACGGGCAUUGGAAGGCUGGAAAAGGUUCAGGAAAAGGCAAGGCCAAGGACGGGAUGGAACAAACUCCUCUCUGAGGAAUGGCUACAACAUUUGGGGCUCUUUUGUUCAGCAAGAUAAGAAAAAAGGAACAUGAUAGAAGUAUAAAGUUAGGCAGGGGCUGGAGAAAGCCCACAGAGGAUUUUCUCCCAAAUAAUAGUAGAAGGCAAUGAGGCCACCCAGUGAAGCUGAACGUUGGGACAUUCAGGACAGAGACACGAAGGUAAGAAGAGACUGCUGGAUCAGGCCAAAGGGGGUCCACCAUCUAGUCCAGCCUCCUGUUCUCCCAGUGGCCAACCAGAUGCCCUCAAUGGGAAGCCCUCAAACACUCUCCACUCCUGUAGCCUCCAUGAAUUUGUCUAAUCCUCUUUUAAAGUGUUCAGGGUUGUUAAAACAAAAAGGGGUUGCAGAGAGCAUAAAAAGGACCUCUCCAAACUGAGUGACUUGACGGUAAAAUGGCAAAUGCAAUUCUGUGUAAACAAGUGUCAGGUUAGGUAUACUGGGGCAAAAAAUCUUAAUUUCACAUAUACGCUCACGGGGUCUGAACUGGGGGUGACUGACCAGGAACAAGACCCUGGGAUCAUAGUGGGCAGCUUGAGGAAAACGUCGACCCAGUGUGUGGCAGCUGUGAGAAAGGCCAAUUCCAUACUAGGGAUCAUUAGGAAAGGUAUUAAAUAUUAAACUACUGAUAUCAUAAUGGCACUGUAUAAAUCGAUGAUGCAGCCACAUUUGAAAUACUGCAUACAGUUCCAGUUGCCUCACCUUAAACCUUGGAAAAGGCUGAGAAAAGGACCACCAGAAUGAUCAAGGGGAUGGAGCAACUCCCCUAUGAGGAACGUUUGGGGCUUUUAGAGAAAAGACAAGUCAGAGGUGACAUGAUAGGUGUACACAAUUAUGCAUGACAUGGACAAAGUGGCUAGAGGAAAGUUUCUCUCCCUCAUAACACUAGAACGCCUAGACAUUCAGUGAAGGAGCGGAAUGUUGGGAGAUUGAGGACAGCAAGAAAUUACUUCACACAGCGGGAAUUUGCUCCCGCUGGAGUCAGUGAUGGCCAUGAGCUUGGAUGGCUUUAGAAGAGGAUUAGACAAAUGUGUGGAGGAAAAGGCUAUCAGUGGCUACUAGCCCUGAUGGCUGUGCUCUGCCACCAGUCAGGCAGUAUGCUUCUGAAAAGCAGUUGCGCAGCUACAGGAAGAGUGCUGUUUGGGCUCAGGUCCUGCUUGUGGCUUCCCAUAAUGGGCAUCUGGCUGGCCACUGUGAGAACAGGCUGCUGGCCUAGAUGGGCUGCUGGCCUGAUCCAGCCAGCUCUUGUGUUCAUUUAGGUCAUCCAGCACCAUCACUGCCGCUUGUGGGAGCGAAUUCCAUAGUUUAAUUAUGUGCUGUGUGGACCCAAGUCUUCCAACAUGGAGCUUCACUGAAAGUCCGUAAGUUCCAGCGUUAUGAGGGAGAAAAGCUUUUCUCUGUCCACUUUCUCCAUGUGCUGCAUCAUCUUACACACGUUAUUACGACACCUCUGACUCACCUUUUCUCUACACUAAACAGCCCCAAUUGCUAACCACCUUUCCUCAUAGUGGAGUGGCUCCAUUCCCUUGAUCAUUUUGGUUGCCCUUUUCUGA